GCCUCCCGCCACCCGCCUCGCCCGCGAACUGCGCGCAGGCACCUUGCAGCGCCAGGAGGUUAACCGAACCCCCGGAGGAGGUGAGGCCAAGGACCCGCCGGGCGGAGAUGGCCGGGCCGCCGUCGAGGCUGGCGCCAGAGCCCGGCCGGCUGUGGGUCCUGCAGCUUCAGUGAAAGGAGCCCUUCUGUCACUCGUCACUGGCUCCCUCGCCCGCCCGCCCGCGAGCUCGCGGUGGGAGGAGCCCGCCUGAGGAAGCCGUGAGCCCGGGCUGCCGAGAGCCACAGAAUGGAUCUGCUCCGAGCGGGGACGUCGCUGACGAUCCCGGCUUCCCGCGGCGGCUAGGAGCCGGCCACUGGCCUCGGCAGGCUGCGGAGACCCGGAGGCCCAGGGAGAGCCGGGGGCCGCGCGCGCGGAGGCACGGACGCACGGACGCGCGGACAGACAGAUGGUUGGCGCGAACCCUGGAGGACCGCGGCGGAGGCUGAGCACGGCGAGCCGCCCGGGAAGAGAAACUAACUGCAAACCCAAGUUGCCCCGCCGGCUUCCCCUCGCUGCGCUAAGGAAUGAAACCUUUCCAGCUCGAUCUGCUCUUCGUGUGCUUCUUCCUGUUCAGUCAAGAGCUGGGCCUCCAGAAGAGAGGAUGCUGUCUGGUGCUGGGCUACAUGGCCAAGGACAAGUUUCGGAGAAUGAAUGAAGGCCAAGUAUACUCCUUCAGCCAGCAGCCCCAGGACCAGGCCGUGGUGUCGGGCCAGCCAGUGACACUGCUGUGCGCCAUCCCCGAGUAUGAUGGCUUCGUUCUGUGGAUCAAAGACGGCUUGGCUCUGGGUGUGGGCAGGGACCUCUCAAGUUACCCACAGUACCUGGUGGUAGGGAACCACCUGUCAGGGGAACAUCACCUGAAGAUCCUGCGGGCGGAGCUGCAAGAUGAUGCCGUGUACGAGUGCCAGGCCAUCCAGGCCGCCAUACGGUCUCGCCCCGCACGCCUCACCGUCCUGGUGCCGCCCGAUGACCCGGUCAUCCUGGGGGGCCCUGUGAUCAGCCUGAGGGCGGGGGACCCACUCAACCUCACCUGCCACGCAGACAACGCCAAGCCUGCGGCCUCCAUCAUCUGGUUGCGGAAGGGAGAGGUCAUCAAUGGGGCCACCUACUCCAAGACUCUGCUUCGAGACGGCAAGCGUGAGAGCAUCGUGAGUACGCUCUUUGUCUCCCCCGGCGAUGUGGAGAAUGGACAGAGUAUCGUGUGCCGAGCCACCAACAAAGCCAUCCCCGGAGGGAAGGAGACUUCAGUCACCAUCGACAUCCAGCACCCCCCACUUGUCAACCUGUCGGUGGAACCACAGCCGGUGCUGGAGGACAACGUCGUCACGUUCCACUGCUCCGCAAAGGCCAACCCAGCUGUCACCCAGUACAGGUGGGCCAAGAGGGGCCAGAUCAUCAAGGAAGCAUCCGGAGAAGUGUACCGGACAGCUGUGGACUACACGUACUUCUCAGAGCCUGUCUCCUGUGAGGUGACCAAUGCCCUGGGCAGCACCAACAUCAGCCGCACGGUGGACGUCUACUUUGGGCCCAGGAUGACCACGGAGCCCCAAUCGCUGCUCGUGGAUCUGGGCUCUGAUGCUGUCUUCAGCUGUGCCUGGACAGGCAACCCAUCCCUGACCAUCGUCUGGAUGAAGCGGGGCUCUGGUGUGGUCCUGAGCAAUGAAAAGACACUGACCCUCAAAACCGUCCGUCAAGAGGAUGCUGGGAAAUAUGUGUGCAGAGCCGUGGUGCCCCGGGUGGGAGCUGGAGAGCGAGAGGUGACCCUGACAGUCAAUGGACCCCCCAUCAUCUCCAGCACCCAGACCCAGCAUGCCCUCCACGGGGAGAAGGGUCAGAUCAAGUGCUUUAUCCGGAGCACGCCGCCCCCCGACCGAAUUGCCUGGUCCUGGAAGGAGAACGUGCUGGAGUCCGGGACGUCGGGGCGCUACACGGUGGAGACGGUCAGCACCGAGGAGGGGGUCAUCUCCACCCUGACCAUCAGCAACAUCGUUCGGGCUGACUUCCAGACCAUCUACAACUGCACCGCCUGGAACAGCUUCGGCUCUGACACGGAGAUCAUCCGGCUCAAGGAACAAGGUUCGGAAAUGAAGUCGGGAGCCGGGCUGGAAGCAGAGUCUGUGCCGAUGGCCGUCAUCAUCGGGGUGGCCGUAGGAGCCGGCGUGGCCUUCCUCGUCCUCAUGGCAACCAUCGUGGCCUUCUGCUGUGCGCGCUCCCAGAGAAGUACGGGAGGGACCCCCGGGAUCUCAGGGAGGGGGACAGAGAAAAAGGCCAGGCUUAGACUGCCCCGGAGAGCAAAUCUCAAAGGGGUUGUGUCGGCCAAGAAUGACAUCCGAGUGGAGAUUGUCCACAAGGAGCCUGCGUCUGGUCGGGAGGCUGAGGAACACCCUACCAUCAAGCAGCUGAUGAUGGACCGGGGUGAAUUCCAACAAGACUCCGUACUGAAGCAGCUGGAGGUCCUCAAAGAGGAGGAGAAGGAGUUUCAGAACCUGAAGGACCCCACCAACGGCUACUACAGCGUCAACACCUUCAAAGAGCACCACUCGACGCCCACCAUCUCGCUAAGCAGCUGCCAGCCGGACCUGCGUCCCGCAGGCAAGCAGCGAGUGCCCACAGGCAUGUCCUUCACCAACAUCUACAGCACCCUGAGCGGCCAGGGCCGCCUGUACGACUACGGGCAGAGGUUCGUGCUGGGCAUGGGCAGCUCGUCCAUCGAGCUCUGCGAGCGGGAGUUCCAGAGAGGCUCUCUCAGCGACAGCAGCUCCUUCCUGGACACGCAGUGUGACAGCAGCGUCAGCAGCAGCGGCAAGCAGGACGGCUACGUGCAGUUCGACAAGGCCAGCAAGGCCUCCGCCUCCUCCUCCCACCACUCCCAGUCCUCCUCCCAAAACUCUGACCCCAGCCGACCCCUGCAGCGGAGGAUGCAGACUCACGUCUGAGGAUCC